UGCUCCGCGCGGCGAGCACGUGCGGGGGCCGACGGACACCCCAGCUUUUCGGGAGGCCAGUGCCCCUGGCCCACAGGUGCAGAGAUUGUGGGCAGACCAAGCGGUCGCUGCGGAGGGGGAAGAGGAGGGAUCGGCACUCUCCUGCGGCGGCGGCGCGGCGACUCGGCUAGGCGGAGUUUCGCGGCGGCUGCGCCCGUCUUUGGCUCGCGGGCGAGGAGGGCGCCCAGUCCAGCCCGGCGACCGCGAGUCCGACUCCGGGCGUCCCCGAGGCGUCCAGACAGCAAGCGCACACUCAGGACCCUCUGUGCUGCACCGGCAGCGUCCAGCCAGCAUGGAGAAGGACAGCCUGAGCCGUGCGGACCAGCAGUAUGAGUGCGUGGCGGAGAUUGGCGAGGGCGCCUAUGGGAAGGUGUUCAAGGCCCGCGACCUGAAGAACGGCGGCCGCUUCGUGGCUCUGAAGCGCGUGCGGGUGCAGACCGGAGAGGAGGGCAUGCCGCUCUCCACCAUCCGCGAGGUGGCGGUGCUGAGGCACCUGGAGACCUUUGAGCACCCCAACGUGGUCAGGUUGUUUGAUGUGUGCACUGUGUCACGAACAGACAGAGAAACCAAACUAACACUAGUGUUUGAGCACGUUGAUCAAGACUUGACCACCUACUUGGAUAAAGUUCCGGAGCCUGGAGUGCCCACAGAAACCAUAAAGGAUAUGAUGUUUCAGCUUCUCCGAGGUCUGGACUUUCUUCAUUCUCACCGAGUAGUGCAUCGUGACCUAAAGCCACAGAAUAUCCUGGUGACCAGCAGUGGACAAAUCAAACUGGCUGACUUUGGCCUUGCCCGCAUCUAUAGUUUUCAAAUGGCCCUGACGUCAGUGGUUGUUACGCUGUGGUACCGCGCCCCAGAAGUCUUGCUCCAGGCCAGCUACGCUACGCCCGUGGAUCUCUGGAGUGUCGGCUGCAUAUUUGCAGAGAUGUUUCGCAGAAAGCCUCUUUUUCGUGGAAGUUCAGAUGUGGAUCAACUAGGAAAAAUCUUGGACGUGAUUGGACUCCCAGGGGAAGAAGACUGGCCCAGGGAUGUUGCUCUUCCCAGACAGGCUUUCCAAUCCAAAUCUGCCCAACCCAUCGAGAAAUUCGUGACAGAUAUUGACGAACUAGGCAAAGACCUACUUCUGAAAUGCUUGACGUUUAAUCCAGCGAAAAGAAUAUCCGCCUAUGGCGCCCUGAAUCACCCGUACUUCCAAGACCUGGAGAGGUACAAGGACCACCUGCACUCCCACCUGUCACCCAGCCAGACCACCUCGGAGCUGAACACAGCCUGAGGAUCGUGGGGGAUACCAUGAGCUGGUCAUCUGAACAUGUCCGUGGCUGACGAGUCCCCUGAGAAAGCCUUGCAGAGCAGUUGAAGAUGGCUGCCUGCAGGCCUUCCAGAUGCCAGCUUCUGGAUGGGCUCUGCUUCACCAAGGAGACCACCUAGUUUACUGUUCCAAAAUCAAUGCAAGAGCGAUUGCCGCUUUAUGUUCGUUCACCUGUUUGUUGUCUGUCUGUCUGAAGAACCUGGAAAACUUCCAGAUGAAGAGAAGCUGCUGACCCAUCGUGCUGCCAUUUCAUUUUCUAACCUUGAGUGCUGCCCGCUGUGGGAUGGUAAUCUAGGUCCGGCUGAGUUAUGACAUCAUCUCUGCAGCUGCUGGGCCUGCUUUGGUACUUGUGAGAGAGAGAGAGAAAGAGAGAGAGAGAGUGUGUGUGUGUGUGUCAGUGUCAGAGAGAGAGAGAGAGAGAGAGAGAGAGAGAGAGGUUCCUGAUCUUGUAAAGUGUUAACUUUUUGUAGACAACAAGAAUAAUUGAAUUUUAGAGACUAAGGUGAGGGCUUAGUACAAUGAAGGUGAUUGAGCAGUGUGUUUCUCUCCAGUUAGAAAGGUGAGCCUAUGUCCUCAGCAUUUCCUUUCUGUCCAAAGGCUUUUGCUAGCUGUAAACGAUAAAGUUUUGGACACCACAAAAACAAGAAAGUGAG